CCGUUUGUUUAUCAGCCGCGAGAGAAACUUGCAGCGAAAUCUCACUGUGUUUAAAUUAAACAUUCUGCAGAAGUUUCGAGGAAUUAACCCACACAUUCGCGUCAUAUUAAUCGAUUCUGAUUUAUUUCGUCCCCGUCUACCCCUCUGAUCAGCGGUUAUACCAUAUUGCAUUGGUUUCCGCGUGUUUUGUGCCAUUUUGGAGUUGAAUCCAGAUUACACGUCUAAAACUGCUGACAGGGAGUUUUUGGAGAGAGCGCGUCCAUCAUGUCGUCUUUCUCUGAGUCUGCUCUGGAGAAGAAACUGUCUGAGCUGAGUAACUCGCAGCAGAGCGUUCAGACUCUCUCACUGUGGAUCAUACACCACCGCAAACAUUCAGCGCUCAUAGUGCGAGUGUGGCACAGAGAACUAAAGAAGGCUAAAAGCAGCAGGAAGUUGACAUUCCUGUAUCUGGCAAAUGAUGUCAUUCAGAAUAGUAAGAAAAAGGGUCCCGAGUUCACGAAAGACUUUGAAAGCGUCUUGGUUGAUGCCUGUUCGCAUGUCGCAAGAGAUGGGGAUGACGGUUGUAAGAAGCACAUGGAGAGAUUGUUGAAUAUCUGGCAAGAGCGUAGUCUCUAUCGCUCAGACUUCAUCCAGCAGCUCAAACUGGCCAUCGAGGACUCCGACAGCCCCAAACACAAGUCUGCAGGUCAGCACCAGAGACCACAUAUAACGUCAGCUGCCACUGAUGACAGGAAAAACCUGAAGAGAAGCUAUCAGAAGGUGCAGGAGGAAGAGGAGGAGGAAGAUGAUGAUUACAGAGGUCACUACUCCCCUCGUGAGACCGAUGCAGCAGCUCCUCAACUGACAGAGGAUCUGGUGAAAGCGCUGCAGGAUCUGGAGAACGCGGCGUCAGGUGAUGCUGCAGUGAGACAGAAGAUUGCCUCUCUUCCGCAGGAGGUGCAGGACGUUUCUCUUCUAGAAAAGAUCACAGAUAAAGAGGCCGCAGAUAAACUUUCGAAGACAGUGGACGAGGCGUGUCUGCUGCUGGCGGAGUAUAACGGACGUCUAGCGGCUGAAUUAGAGGACCGAAGGCAGCUGGCCCGCAUGCUCACAGAAUACAUUCAAAGCCAGAGAGAGGCGCUCAACGAGAGGGAGAAGAAACUGGAGGAAUACAAGAUGAAACUUGCUCGCGUCACACAAGUGCGGAAGGAACUCAAGUCGCACAUCCAAAGUCUUCCAGAUCUUUCUCUCCUACCAAAUGUUACUGGUGGUCUCGCCCCACUGCCGUCUGCUGGAGAUCUCUUUUCUACUGACUGAGUGUCUCGGCCCUUAAAUCUGACCCCUCCACCUGUAAACCUGCCCCUCUAAAGACUCAAAGUUCCUCUUAGAUCAGAACGACUCCAAAAACCAUGAAAGGAGCCCGAGAUAAACCAACUGGACGACGAUUCUAGCACACCAGCUCAGCUCUCGCCCGCAUUUGUGCAUUUUCUUUUGGUUUUAUUGCAGCCAAUGAAAUUUUUGCUGCAAGAACGAAAUGUCAAUGCGAUCAAACUCAUCGGUCGAUAAUUAAAUCUGAUUCAAAGUUUGGCAGUUUUGCUUUGAGUGACUUUACUGUGAAAAAGCAACACCCUUUGUUUUGUGUUACAUCAGUCGAAUUUUAGUUUUUCUGCUUUAAAAGACAGGUUUUGCAUAUUAUGUGGUUUUGGAAGAGACGGAAAAUGGGAUUAAAAUUUUUAAAUGA